AUGAGUGAGAUGUCUGGAGCCAUUAUCCUGGAGGAGCGUGAGGGGGCAGGGGGCUCGGUGGGCCAGGCCACGCCCCCGGAAGCAGAGCGUGGGCGGGGUGGGGGCUGCAGGGCGUGGCCUCGGCAGCAGACCUGGCUGUGUGCGGUGCCUCUGUUGAUUGGCUGUGUGGGGCUGGGUCUCAGUCUCAUGCUUCUGCGCUGGAUUGUGGCAGGCUCAGGCCCAGACUACCUGCCCACCGACCUGGUGGACGUCAAAGGUAUGGGGCAGGACCCCAUCUUUCUGUCCAAGCCUAGUGUCGCCCCGAAGAGUCCCGACACCCCUGUGCCCACGCCCGCCCCCACCUCACCCCCCACCCCCAGCCCCAGCAGCACGGCGCGAGCCAGAACUCGAGCCGGGUCCCACCCCAACGGCACCACCGGCGGCCGGACUCCGCACCUCCACAACCGGAUUGGCACCCGCAUUACCACGACUACCCGCGCACCACGGACCCACCCCCCCGCCGGCCGCGACGUCACCCCUCGGAGCACCACGGUGCGGCGGGUCGGCCAGGGCAGCGGCCGAAAUGGCGUGCCGCCCCCACGCCCUGGAACCACCACGACCGCCUCCCCCUCGCCACCUGCCCGGGACUCCACCCACACCCGGACCCACGAGCGCUCUCCAAAGACCCCUGCCAGCACGCCCACCCGCCCCCACCUCCACGUGAAGACAGUGGCACCGACCUCUCCACACUUGCGUUCAGAGCACUUCAAGCCCUGCAGAGACAAAGACCUGGCAUACUGCCUGAACGAGGGAGAGUGUUUCAUCAUCGAGACCCUAACAGGAUCGCACAAACACUGCAGAUGUAAAGAAGGAUAUCAAGGUGUUCGCUGUGACCAGUUUCUUCCCAAAACAGACUCCAUCUUAUCUGACCCAAGUACGUCGGAUCACCUGGGCAUUGAGUUCAUGGAGAGUAAAGACAUGUAUAAGCGGCAGGUCCUGUCCGUCUCCUGCAUCACUGUGGGAAUCAGCCUGCUUGGGAUGCUCUGUGUGGCCCUUUACUGCAGGAACAAGAGACAAAGAGAAAAGCUGCAGGCACAUCUGAAGGAGAGCCUCAGCCCGAAAAUGAGCCAUGCCCCAGCCCUGACCUCCGAGCACAGCAGCGGUGUGGUCUGCGCCCUGGGCUAUACUUCUAAAUCCAGCCCCAGGCUUCCAUGUGGCCUACAACCUCAUAAAUGUUGUAAAGGUCAUAGGUCCCCCCCUGCAGAAGGGGGCACUGUUUGUGAGUCAGUUCCACAGAGCAGCCCCUCUCUUCCUGCUAAACCGAGAGCCCCACCCACGAAGAAAACAAACAGGAGCAGUCCUCUUUCCAGCAGCCCCGACCAGCGACACAGAAAGCGAGACCACCAUCGCACUGUGCUGCGAAGAACCCCGCCCAUCUCCAGAGCGAGGAUUAAUCCCAUUGGAAGUUCCAGAGAUUCUAGCCACGCCUACCAACACUUGCAGGAAGUGGAGGCUUCAGGGAAGGAGGUGGAGUCUUUGAGAGGUCCUUCUCAGCAGGAUGUUGGUGUGAAUAUGCAGCCUGCUCUCUCAUCGCGGAGGGGGGGAGGGAACACUGAGUUACAGUGUGCCUGCGUGGGCCGGGCUGCCCCACCCUCACUCCACAACCGCUCUGUUCCCAUCAUCCCCUCCUUCCAGGGACAGGACGACGUUUCCUGUAUGCAAACAGUCACCCCCGAGGGAGGGGCCAGCCCCCGGGACCCUCACCCCCCCGAAUCUGCCCCGACAUCGGGUUCAGAGAUCACACUGCUAGAGGAGCCUGACGCUACACCCAUCACCUGCACAGAGAGGGGUGUGUCUUUCGGAGUGGCCCAGAAUAAACCCCCUGAGAGCCAGUUGGUGGACUGCACUCCUCUAGAACAGAGACUCCCCCCGGUUGGACAGUGAAUACAGAGGGCGUGGCCACCUUCUCGGUUUGGACCUAUCAGAAACCCUGUAUUGUGAGGAGGGACUGCGCACUGCAACAGAGGGACGAACUGUGGAAACAGCCGGUUAAAAACAUUUAAAUUAAAAAAGAAAACACACACAAUGUGCAUAAAGUGGAAGAAUUACACAUCAAAAG